AGAUGCAUUUUGUUGGAAAGUUCCAAUUUUGUUCUUCACUUGCAGUACAUAUACGCAAAUAAAAUAAAAUAAAAAAUAACAAGUGAUUACUCUAUUUAUAUUAGUCCAAAAUCUUGACUUGUUUUUCACCUCAACUGAUCGGAAUCCAUGGCGACGGUGGAGACAAACGACGCUGCUUCAGAGCUCCGAUCUCAGUUCCUCCAAGUCCUUCGGAGCCGUCGUCCUUCUGAAGUUCCACUAUCUGUAAUACCUGGAAAACCUGUGAAGGAUCCGUUCUUUCAGGAAUCUCCAAAGCCAACCUUCAGUGAGGCAAUGGCAUCAUGCCCAAAGGAAGAUAUACCCAAUUUUAAUGAACUGCUUCAAGAGGAAAAUUUCUACCUGACUACUGAGGAAGGAGUGCAAGGGCUCUUGCCUGUAUUGGUAUUGAGCAUGAAAGAAAGUGAAAAGAAAAGGAGGCCCACUAUUGUUUUCCUGCAUAGUACGAACAAAUGCAAAGAGUGGUUGAGGCCAUUGCUUGAGGGAUAUGCUUCAAGGGGAUAUAUUGCUGUUGCAAUUGAUUCUCGAUACCACGGAGAACGUGCAACCAGCAUCACAACCUAUCGAGAGUCCCUAGUGUCAUCAUGGAAAAAUGGAGAUACAAUGCCGUUCAUAUUUGAUUCGGUUUGGGACUUGAUAAAAUUGGUAGAUUAUCUUACUGAGAGGGAAGAUGUUGACCCAUCAAAGAUAGGAAUCACUGGCGAGUCUCUUGGAGGUAUGCAUGCUUGGUUUGCCGCAUUUGUUGACACUCGCUAUUCUGUGGUUGUCCCCAUAAUUGGUGUUCAGGGUUUUGGAUGGGCAAUUGAGCAUGAUAAGUGGCAAGCAAGAGUUAACAGUAUCAAGGCUGUCUUUGAAGAAGCAAGUGCUGAUUUAGACAAGAGUGCUAUUGAUAAAGAAGUAGUUCAGAAGGUCUGGGAUAGGAUUGCCCCGGGUUUGGCAUCUCAAUUUGAUGCACCAUACACAGUUCCAACUAUUGCUCCACGCCCAUUACUGAUUUUAAAUGGGGCAGAUGAUCCUCGUUGCCCACUAGGUGGCCUUGAAAUUCCAGAAUCAAGAACUCUCGAAGCUUAUGAAAAGGCUAACUGUACUCAGAAUUUCAAGCUGAUAGCGCAACCUGGAAUUGGUCAUCAAAUGACACCAUUGAUGGUAAAAGAAGCAAGUGACUGGUUUGACAGAUUUCUUAAAUUCUAAUCCCCAGUGUACAACAAAAUCUUGAAGGAUAGCUGUUAAAGAUUGCAAUUUGUAUUAUUUGCUUGUAUUUGGACUUCCAUUUCUUUUUAUGUUAUGGCGUCUAUGUUUUCCACGAGGUGUUUAUUUUUGGACAGAAGAAUAGUUCUCCUGAGAAGUUUGAGGAUUUAAGGAAAAUGGAUGUCUAGUCCCGCCAUUCUAAUUUA